AGAAAGGGCUCAGGGUAUAGCGGUUCCAGUAGUCUUGAGUGCACACCGUUACAAGGGCACCCACGUGCAGACAUCUCUAGCAGACCAGACACUUAAUCAUGGACACCUGGGGAAUUCUGGAAGGUGCAGGAGAGAACAAACAUGUCAUCCGUGUUGGGACAAGGAAAAGCCAGCUGGCUCGCAUACAGACUGAUAGUGUGGUGGAAAUGCUGAGCAAGAGAUUCCCAUCUACACGCUUUGAAAUUGUUGCCAUGUCCACCACUGGGGAUAAGAUCUUGGACACAGCACUUUCAAAGAUUGGAGAAAAGAGCCUCUUCACCAAAGAAUUGGAAAAUGCACUUGAGAAAAACGAGGUUGACCUGGUUGUUCAUUCGCUGAAAGAUUUACCAACCUCCCUGCCACAUGGAUUUACCAUUGGAGCAGUGUGCAAACGUGAGAAUCCAUAUGAUGCCGUGGUGUUUCACCCUAAAAAAUCCGGGAAUACCUUGAGCACAUUGCCUGAAAAGAGUGUGAUCGGAACCAGCUCCCUCCGGAGAGCAGCACAGCUCAAGAAAAAAUUUCCACACUUGGAGUUUAAAGAUAUUCGUGGCAACUUGAACACUAGAUUGAAGAAAUUGGAUGAACAGGAGGAUUUUAGUGCAAUUGUUUUAGCAGCAGCUGGACUGCGCCGUAUGGGCUGGGAAAACCGAAUUGGGCAGAUUCUGACAUCGGAUGAAUGUCUCUAUGCUGUGGGGCAGGGGGCUCUUGCUGUGGAAGUUCGAACUAAAGACCAAGAUAUCUUGAGUAUGGUGUCUGCUCUACAGGAUCCUGAGACAGUUCUACGCUGCGUAGCAGAGAGAGCCUUUAUGAAGAGACUGGAAGGGGGCUGCAGUGUUCCAGUGGCAGUGAGUACAGUUGUGAAGGAUUUGCAGCUCUACCUCACUGGAGCAGUAUACAGCUUGGAUGGGUCUGAUUCUCUGAAAGAGACAAUGCAGAGCUGCGUCAACUUCCCACAGCAAGAGGUUGAAGGACCCAAUGAUGAUGUACAACAUGUUGGUAUUACAGCACUGGGUGUUUCACAACAAGCCCUGGAAUCUGCACAAUGUUUAGGGACAGGGUUGGCAGACUUGCUGUUGAGCAAAGGAGCCAAAGAAAUAUUAACUGUAGCAAGGCAGCUAAAUGAUUCCAGAUAACAUAGAAAUAAUGUACAGAGAAGGAACAGCAAAAAAGCCACUAAGCUUGACUACUACUAGAAGCCUGUAACAUGAAGAAACAUGUGCUUGGUUUAUUAUAUUUUGAAAAAGCUAAAUUCAGUCGGGGCAGAAAUAUUUUUCUAUGGGCCCCAGAUUGAACUCCACCCACAUCCUGCAACCAGUUUUAUAUAGCAUUGAAGAACAAGCUAAUGUAUAUUUAAAAAAUAUAUAUGUAUAUUUAAAUGGGAUAUGGUCCAUUAAAGUAAAAUUUUGCAGCCUUUUUUAGGAAAGAAACUUAACAAUUCAUCAUACCUUCAAAAUAGCCGUCGAUCAAUGAUUAUGUAUGUAACACAAUACACCUAGAUGCAGAAUUACGGUAUUGACAAUUGUAUGCUGCUUUGACAAUAGAAUAUUUUGGAUUGUAAUUUUGCACCAGUGUUACUGGAUGAUACUGGGAUGUCUUUGGUAUUUUUGCAAGUAUCCACUGUACAUUUUCUAUAGUAGAAAGUUUUAUAUUUGGCUGAAUAUUAAAAUAUUAUGUGUUA